AUGAGUGCCCUUCUUGAAUUUUUGAAUGGCUUCAAGCCGAUGGAGACUACACUCAAGGAGCUUUUCGCGAAAGACCCUAAACGGUUCGAAAAAUACAGGUAAGUCCCCUGUCCUGUUUCGGGGCACAGCAUAUAUGCUCUAUAUGUACAUUGAGUUUUUAUUUGUUUUUCUGUAAUUGUAGUCAAGUUCUUGAAUUUCCGGAAGGCAAACUCCUCGUUGACUAUUCCAAGAACCUAAUUGAUGACGAGUUGUUCGAAAAACUAAUACAACUGGCAAGUGCUAUCCGUUUUUAUAAUUUUUAGGCUCAAAAAUCAAAUGUGGAGCAAAUGAGAGAUGCCAUGUUUAGCGGAGAAAAGAUUAACUUUACAGAAAAUCGCGCAGUCCUGCACAUUGCACUAAGAAAUCGAUCAAACACACCAAUUUUGGUGGACGGCCAAGAUGUAAGACGGAAUUCAGCCUAACGUCCCUGCAGGUCAUGCCGAGCGUCAAUGCUACCUUGAAGCAAAUGCGUGACUUUACGGAGAAUGUAUUAACCGGAAAAUUUAAGGGGUAUACGGGCAAGUCGAUUACAGAUGUUGUCAACAUCGGCAUCGGAGGCUCGGAUUUGGUGGGUGCUCUAUUUCAUUUUGUAAUUUUGCCGAGCUAAAACCAUGUUACAACUUCUUACGGCAAACACGCUUAACUGCAAGGGUUUCGAUUACGCCUCGUAGAAGAAAAUUUAUCGGAUUUUUAAUUUCAUGUCUUCGAGAAAGUUUGGGUCAUUCUUUGUAGUUGAUUCUGUAGACUGCGAAUUUACUCGCCACGCCGGCGCCUACCAACAUUUGUCGUCAUCUGCUUUUAAAAUGACACGUUUGCGCAAUCCUUGGGGAUGCCAAAAAAUGGGGAUUUAUGUCAUUGCUGUUUCCGUUGUGACAACCUAGCAGCGAGAGGCGUUUUAUUAUUGAAAAACAAACGGUGCCUGGAUUUAUAAAUACUGAAGGGGAAGCGCAAAACGGAUCGCGACCGUCUUCUUUAGUACUCCAAGAGCACGCGUAUAUGGCCAUUGAGAUCAGACAAAUUUAUACAAACAAGAAAAUACCUAUCACUUCGGUCAGAUGUAGUGUUUUCUGUGAGGUAGAGUAUUUCAAUUGUCAGCAUGCACAACGCGUAGGAUGGAAGUCGUGCUGGACCUUAAUCAAAAUAUAUUAAUGCAAAAGCGUGAUUCGCGAAUUAUCCAUUUUAUCUGGGUUCACCUGACGGGACUUGGCGUCCUAAUCCCACUUUCCGCCUCGGUUGUUCUUCGGACACCGCCCAUAUGUUUGUAGUAUAGGUUAGCGUGAACUACUGUUUGGGUGUGACAAUUUGAAACUUAAUUAGGUGAGGGACGUCAGCGCGAAAUUUUUAGAACAAGCUGAAUGUUAAAUCGAUGUCCGGAAUUAUUGUCAUCGGGAGAUAGCCGUCAAGCGUUGCCGCAACCACAUUUAUUGCGUUAAUUGAGAUUAAUAGUGGCCCGCGGACGAGUUCCUGAAUAACGCCUUCGUUUUCUAGAUGGCCGCUUCGUGUGAAAAUACGUGCGUAAUUUGGUCAAACAAUAUCUCAACCUUUCCCAACAUUCCCUUAAAAAUUAUCUCAACGCUUAUACACUCUCUUCAUGUUCUUCCCCGCCAACACCUCACUUAUUCCCAUGUCCUUUUUUCUUUAGGGUCCUGUGAUGGCCACCAAUUGCCUCAAGCCAUUUUCGAGUUCGCUCAAAGUUCACUUUGUCUCUAACAUCGACGGGACUCACAUAAGCGAAACUCUAAAACUGUUGAGACCCGAAACUGCCUUGUUUAUCAUCGCAUCCAAGGUGCUUAUUUCCUCUGACGCUACAACUGCUAAAGAAUUACUUUGUCGUUUGUACGACUCAUCUUAAACCCCCUUUUCGUGAUAGUUUCAAUUAGUUCGCUUUAUAUUUAUAGAGAUUUAGAAUUACUUUUUCUGUUGGCCGUAAAACUUGGUUGCUAAUCUUUUAUUCGGGCGAAAACCUCAAUUUAAUGUGCCUCCUCGGUUCCACUUGUCUACUUACACCUGUAUUUUGUAGACUUUUACAACUGCCGAAACCAUGACUAACGCCGCUUACGCGAAGGCCUGGUUCCUGAAAGCCGCCAAAGAUGUGAGUUCUUACCACCACACCUCCUGCGCUUUAUUUUACUACACGCAUAGUCUUUUUGCUCGAUAGCCUCUUACGCUUGUUCUUUAUACUGUAAACUAGUGCACAUUUCCUUUGGAAAACCAAUUGUUUUUUUCUCAGUUCACCUUUACUCAUUCCGCUGUUCUAGCCCAAAGCUGUUGCUCAGCACUUUGUCGCUCUUUCAACAAACACCGCAGAGGUGAAGAAGUUCGGGAUUGCCGAGGAGAAUAUGUUCGAAUUCUGGGACGUACGUUGUAACAUUUGAUUUUACUUCAAAUGCGGAAUUUCAAUAAACAGUUAGCUCACCUCGGUAGCCCUGCUAUCUAACUGCAUCUGUCUUCCUUUUGCGCCUUGUUAUAAUAGUCAAGACCAUUAUUAUUAGCAUUGUAGCGUGUUUUCAUAGUCGUGUUUAGGAUCCUUCUGGGUCCUGACCACAACGCGAGGUUGGCUUACACUGAUUUGUUUUGUUUCGGUCUUUUACACUGAACGAAAUGAAUUUUGUUUUUCUUUUAGUGGGUUGGUGGCCGUUACUCCAUGUGGUCCGCCAUCGGACUAUCCAUCGCCCUGUACAUAGGUGCGUUUGGUUUCGACCUUCCUCAGUUUUCAGCCUGCAAUGGUGCACAGUCUUAGAAAAUUAUUCAUUUCGAUAAGGACGUUAGAGUCAUUUUUCCCCCACGCAUUACAGGCGACAGACUCAUGCCUAGACGUAUUUCCAUGUGACUGAGUUUCAUCUUUAAUUAAAUUCACUACGAUUGAAUAGCUCUGGCAGAUAGUUCGACUUCUGAGGCAUAUUCUGCCUUUUUCAACCAAAUUCCAUGAGCACGGUUAUUUAGGCGAUUCAAAGUGUUACGCCUUAGAUUGGUCGUGACAUGUUAUGCAGUAUUUUGAGAAUCACAUGCCAUUUGAGAAAACAAUAUGCUUACUAAUCUUAUUUUACGAAGGUAUGGAUAACUUCGAGAAACUCCUGGCUGGCGCCCAUGCGAUGGACAAGCACUUCAAAGAGGCCCCGCUAGAACGCAAUGUAAGGCUUGAAUUUUAGAUUUAUAUGGGUUUUACACUUUUCUAACUCAUCCUUUCGGAUACAAGCAAAAACGAGUCCCGAGAAGGAGAUUCGAUCGUUUGAACACUGAUUUCUUUUGCCUGGCAUUUCGAAUUCACAUCGGACCAGACAUGGCUACUGAUAGUGGUAGUGGACUCAAAAGCGGUUGUAGUAUUCAUGAGAUGCCGUUUCCAUGUAACCAAACACCUAUAGAAAUUUGCAUCUCCCGCAUCUAUCGCAGGUGGUCGUACUUUAUGGUAGUCAUAUAGAAAAGGCGGUGCCCCCACGACGGGCGACGCGGUAGAUGCCCUGAACCAGCACAGAAGCUGGAUCAAGGUCCAACGGGCCUUAUUAAGGAUGCGCGCUCAUAGAAAAUGCCACACAUGAAGAGGUAUGAUGAUAUGCUUAGGCGCAGGCUUACUCCACGGCAGCCACCUGCGACUUAGGUUUCCGAAACUUAACUAGUGUUUCCUCCUUCCAGAUUCCUGUUAUUCUGGCGUUGCUCGGAGUUCUCUAUAUUAAUGGAUACAAGGCCGAGACUCAUUGCAUCCUGCCCUAUGACCAGUACAUGAAUCGCUUCCCUGCCUACUUCCAACAAGGUGACAUGGAGUCCAACGGCAAGUACGUGACACGCGAAGGUGCGACUGUGAACUAUUCUACCGGGCCAGUUGUUUGGGGCGAACCCGGCACCAACGGUCAGCACGCCUUCUAUCAGCUCAUUCAUCAAGGCACUCGUCUGAUACCCUGUGACUUCCUGGCUCCCUGUAAAUCCCAAAACCCGAUCAAGGAGAAUGAAUUCCAUGAGGUCAGUUGACGGUACUCUCUCAGCGACUGUUUUUUUUUUUCGCGUGCUAAUCUUUCCUUCAUUUUAUGCACCCUCAAAUAGAUCCUGCUUUCAAACUUCCUCGCUCAAACCGAAGCCCUGAUGUUGGGCAAGACACCAGAGCAAGCACGAGAGGAGUUGAUGAAGGCAAACGUCACGGGUGAUAUGUUAGAGAAACUGACGGUUCACAAGACCUUCCGCGGCAAUAAACCAACCAACUCGAUCCUUUUCACUGCCCUCACACCUUACAUGUUGGGAGUGUUGGUGGCCAUGUACGAGCACAAAAUAUUCACUCAGGGUAUCAUUUGGAACAUCAAUUCUUAUGAUCAAUGGGGGUAAGUUUUCCUCAGCAUACCCAGGCUCUACUUCAUAUCGUUCUUUCGCUCUUGUUACAAACCCACGGUUAUCAUUGGAGCUCGUGGAAAGAGUCAUUAUUACUUUCCACUCGCUCGGCACUUUGAUUAUGACUGGGACCUUCGUCUUGAAGGCGUGUGAGGCCAGGCUUUCUAUCCGUUCAAUAGAAUUGAUUUGUUGGGAAUCACCAUCUCCGAAGCUCAAUUAACCCACUUUCAACCGCUACCCACGCCGGGAGUAGACGGGACGGCAAUAUUUCCACAAAAUUAUUAUGGUGUCUUGCUAGGCGUGAAUGUCGGGUUGUCGUCUGAUCUCCUAGAAAAUAACAGAUAACCGUGAAAGACCCGCGCAGCACAAGUUGGGAUUGUAAAUUGCAAGAUCUGCUUACAUAUCUUUUGACUGAUGAGUUCAUCUGCCUGUGCCAAAGACCUCAGUUUAAGCUUUUUUGAGGAACGUUUGAUGCUGCUUGUUCCUUGUCCAACUUCUCCGUUCACUCUUAACUCGCUAUUUCCUAUACUAGUUUGACUUUCUCAUGCCAAUCUGAUAAUUCGGUUGUCAUUGCUUUUUCAAAGCGUCGAACUGGGGAAGGAGCUUGCCAAACGACUCCAACCGGAGAUCCACACGAAUGACGUGAUCACAAGCCAUGAUUCUUCGACCAAUGGACUGAUCGCCUUCAUCAAGCAAAACCGUUAA